AUGGAAACGGUGAAGACGCACAGCGGCGAGGACCUGCACCUCUCGCUCGACGCGCUUCUCGGGUCGCCGCAUGAUCGCAUCCUGUACAUGUACCUUUGCCAGCAUGGGCUCGAGGCCGUCUACAACGUCAUCGCCGACAUCUACAAGUACAAGCGGCAGCCCGACGCGGCCAAGCGCCAAGAGCAGGCCGAGGCCAUGGUGCGCAGCCACUUGAUGCCACCGGAUGCGCGCCUGGCCAUCUGCCUCGACGGCGGUCUGCUCACGACGCUCCUCGACGCGGUCGACCAGCGGACGACGACGCUCGACAUGUGGCACGAGCUCGACAAGCGCAUCAAGGCGACGCUCGAGUGGUCAACCUUCUUUGGGAGCGACAUGUUUGGCGACUUUUGCAAUGCGAUUCGCGAGCGCUACCCGCUAUCCUUGCACGACGUACUCGGCGAGUGCAAUCCCGUCAAGCUCCGGUUUCUCGAGCAGUGGCUUCUCGAGUUCAACCCAAGUGGCGUGACCAACCUCCUCUUCUAUGUCGACGUGCAGACGACGUUCGCGCCGCUUGUGUCGCCAUCCAUGACGUUCUCGUUGAGCCUCUUUGAGGAGAUUCAGGUGACCGUCCGCCGCCUCUUUAACGUCUACUUGGCCGAGAACAACGCGUCGAUCGUCUCGGACGACACGAAGAAGGACGUGCUCUCGCGCAUUCUCAUGUACCAAGGCGAGCCGUUCUCACCGCAGCGCUACGUGACGCUCUUCAAAGGCGCGCAAGACCAAGUGCUCAAAUGGCUCAGCGCCAAGAUUUUUCCCAAUUUCAAAAAUUCGCUGCACUGCAUCCAGCUCCUCGUCGAGCUCGCGUGGCUCGACGACGACGUCCUCUGCCGAAAAGCGUGUGCACCCAAGCGCGACGCUAAACACGUGCUGCUGCUGCCGCUCUCGCCGCCGUCCGUAGACGAGCCGUGUGCGUUGCCCAAGGGCUUUUGCAUCGAGAGCACGCUCCAUGCGACCGAGUACGCCGUCGUGUGCGCGACGGACGCGCUCCUCGACCUCCACGUGGUGGUCUUUGGCGUCGGCGUCGCGCCCGCCCAGACGACAAGCACGACGUUCUAUGCCACGCUUGGCGAGACGGCGUUCCAGUACGAAUACUAUCUCUGCUGCGGCGCCGACGACGGCCACGACGACAUCAAGCAAUUCUGCCUCGUGCGCGACCGCCUUCCGGUCGUCUUGCGGCCGCGCCGAAGCGGUUCCGAAGCGCCCCGCGUGCACGCCUUUGCGGUCCCGACGCCGACGGGCACGCGGUACGGCCUCUGCUUUACGACGUGGACCGUCAACAAGACGAUCGAUCCGGACCAGCUCGUGUUCCUCCCGACGUUCACGUGUGUGCUCACGUCGACUUCGUUUUGGCACCUCGCGCCGUUUCUCCAAGCGUCGUUGCCGUCCAUUCCGCACGACACGAACGAUGCGUCCGUGUGGGUCAAAGCCGUCGAAGACGCCCAUCGGCAGUACCACGAAGCGCAGCAACGCCAGCGCGAGAUCGUACUCCAGCCUCCGUACCGCGCCUUUACGCUCCACAUGCAGCUCGCCCCCGCCCAAGCGGCGGACGACGUCCCGAGCGCCCUCUUCCGCGACCUCAACGUCCAGAACAUUGUGCUGGCACUGACGGCGCUCCUCGUCGAGCACCGCGUCAUCUUGAUCGCGCGCCAACGCGACACGCUCUUUACCGGCGCCGAGUCGCUUCUCCGCCUCUUUGCUCCGUUCCGCUUCAAGCACACGUACUUGCCCUUCUGCCCGACCAACGUCGCCGCGCAGCUCAAGCACGAAGGUCCCCUCUUGAUUGGUCUCGAAGCUGCGAUCCAUCUGCGCCGAGCCGAGAGCCACACGCACCGCAUCCGUAGCAGCUUGAGCAACCUCCAGCGCGCCAACGUCGUGCUCAAGACGCCGGACGAGUCGUUCACGUACCCCAGCGAGCUCUACGCGACGCGCACGGUCCUUGUCGACCUCGACCACGACGAAGUGUACACGCCGUUCAAACAAGACUUGCCCGAGCUGCCUCUGGCCAAAGUUCGCCGUCUCGAGCUCGCCCUUCGCGCCGUGCAGCACCCGCAGCUCGCAAACGCCGACACGUACCUCUUUACGCCGCCACCAAGUGUCGGCGCGGCCGUCGCCGACGUGGUGUCGCCAUCGUCGCUGCCGGACGUCAAGGCGUCGGACGCCCUCUGCGUCUGCUUUCUUGGAUUUCUCACGAGUCUCUUUGGGUCGGUCACGCAGCACUUGGCGACGAUCCCCAACACCAUCGACCUCGGCAAGCACAAGCCCGCGCUGCAGCAUGUGCGGCACAACCAGCCCGACGCGCCGUUCUAUGACCAGUUUCUCGCCUUUGACGCCGAAGGCUUUCUGGACGCGCACAUGGAAAUGGGCUGCCGCGACUUCUUUCGCCAAGUGUUUGCGACCGAGGCCUUCCACGAGUUCCUGCGUCGACAGCGCCAGCGCUUUGUUCCAAACCAGACGUCGCCGACCUCGAGCGACGACAAGGACGCCUAA